AUGAUCCCUCCUGGGGAGUGCGUGUAUGCAGGGAGGACGAGAAGAAAGCCAACGCAGAAACAGAGGCCUGCCCUGGGAACUGAAAAGUCGAACCCUUCCAAGAGGCACCGGGACCGCCUCAAUGCUGAGCUGGACCACCUGGCCAGCCUACUGCCCCUGCCCCCUGACAUCAUCUCCAAGCUGGACAAGCUCUCGGUCCUGCGUCUCAGUGUCAGUUACCUCAGGGUGAAGAGCUUCUUCCAAGCUGUCCAGGACAGACGUGCCCGGCGGCCAGUGGCCGGGGCCAGUGCACCAGGAGACAUCCACCCCCGCGGAGGGUCUGCUGUGCUGGAGGGGCGGCUGCUGCUGGAGUCCCUGGAUGGCUUCGCGCUGGUGGUCAGUGCGGAGGGCAGCAUCUUCUACGCCUCAGCCACCAUUGUGGACUACCUGGGCUUCCACCAGACGGACGUGAUGCAUCAGAGUGUUUAUGAUUACAUCCAUGUGGACGACCGCCAGGACUUCUGCCGCCAGCUCCACUGGGCCAUGGACCCCCCACACGCGGUCUCUGCAGAGGCAGGUAGGUCAUCACCUGGAGAGGACCCUAUCCUGGGGCAGCUGCUCAGGGCCCAGGAUGGGGGCCCAGGUGUGUCGGCGGAGUUCGCUGCCUUUCUCACUCGCUGCUUCGUGUGCCGUGUCCGAUGCCUACUGGACAGCACCUCGGGCUUCCUGACAAUGCAGUUCCAGGGAAAACUCAAGUUCCUGUUUGGGCAGAAGAAGAAGGCGCCGUCGGGUUCGGUGCUGCCCCCGCGGCUCUCGCUGUUCUGCAUUGCGGUGCCUGUUCUGCCGCCCCCCACGGUGAGCACGCCGGCCCCGCUCCUGUUGCCCAAGCACCGGGUGGACCCUGCAGACACCAGAUGCCCCUGGCGGCUGCUUGAUGAACUGCAGGCCCUGCCCUGUGCCCUCUGGGUCAAGGCAACCUGGACCCUGUGUGAUGCAGGACUGCACAAGAGGCCUAGCCAUGUGGCAGGGAGGAAUAACGGAGGCAGCUGCUUCUCCAUGUUCAGGACGAUGCCGGAUGCCGGACAAUGGGCCCGGGCCCCCUGCCUAUGCCUCAGGAGCAGCCCUGAGGAGGCCUUAGAGGAUGAGGAGGAAGAGCUCCCGUGGAUGUCCUACCCAGGCAUCCAGGCCCCAGCCGGAGCCUUCAGGGGCUCAUCUGCACCUCACCUGCCAAACCACCUCCCUGGCUGUGCCAGCCGUAGGAGCAAGCCCCUGCAGGACAGGGCUCAGGGCCCAGGGCCCCUUGCUGCAACUCAGCUCACCCAAGGUGCACAGGUGUCCAUCAAGAUAGAGAAAGACCCUGGACCUGAUGACACCCUGCGUGACUAUGACCCUAGUCAGCUGUGGCCGGGAGCUGGUGAUGUGGCCAGGACGCCCCUGGCUGCCUUCCCUGCCAGGGUACACCUGAAGGCGGAGCCAGACUCCUGGCACCAGGUAUAUACCCCGGCCCUGGGGCACGGAGUGCUAGGGGCACCCCUCCAUGGUAGGGAGCAGCCCCCCUUUUGCCGUCCACUCUGUGCCUGCCUGGAGCCCCUCCACAGCCUGCCCGGGCUACAGCACCCCGAGCCUCUCUGCAUGGCUGGCUGCCAUGAGCACCAGCCCCCUGCACCUGGGGCCGCCCCCACAGUGAAGCGCGAGCCCCUGGACUCGCCCACCUGGGCUGUUGCCAGCCGGGGGACUGAGUCUGAGUUAUUCCCCCAAGGAGCCGUGACAACCCUGACCCCGCCCAGGGCUGCUGAGUGCCCAUUCCCAUCCUAG